GCUGAAGCUGUGGCGGCUGGGGCCGCUGGGCGGGAGUAAGAUGGCGACAGCGGCGGCGGGCGCCCUGGGCCUGUUGUGGGGCUGGCUGUGGAGCGAGCGCUUCUGGCUGCCCCAGAACGUGAGCUGGGCCGACUUCGAGGGGCAGGGCGACGGCUACGGCUACCCGCGGGCCCGGGACAUCCUCUCGGUGUUCCCACUGGCGGCGGGAGUGUUCUCCGGGAGGCUGCUCUUCGAGCGGUUUAUUGCCAAACCCUGUGCACUCCAUGUUGGCAUACAGGACAGUGGUCCUUAUCAGGCACAACCUAAUGCUAUCCUUGAAAAAGUGUUCAUGUCUAUUACCAAGUAUCCUGAUGAGAAAAGGCUGGAGGGUCUGUCAAAGCAACUAGACUGGGAUGGCCGAAAAAUCCAAUGCUGGUUUCGCCAUCGGAGGAAUCAGGACAAGCCCCCAACGCUCACUAAAUUUUGUGAAAGCAUGUGGAGAUUCACUUUUUAUUUAUGUAUAUUCUGCUACGGAAUUAGAUUUCUCUGGUCGUCACCUUGGUUCUGGGACACCCAACAGUGCUGGCACAGUUACCCUUAUCAGCCUCUCACAAGUGGACUUUAUUACUAUUAUAUCAUGGAAUUGGCUUUCUAUUGGUCUCUUAUGUUUUCUCAGUUUAUAGACAUUAAAAGAAAGGACUUUCUGAUCAUGUUUGUGCAUCACCUGGCCACCAUUGGGCUUAUUACCUUCUCCUACAUCAACAACAUGGUUCGAGUGGGAACGCUGGUCUUGUGCCUACAUGAUGUCUCAGACUUCUUGCUGGAGGCAGCCAAGCUAGCCAAUUAUGCCAAGUACCAGCGUCUCUGUGACACCCUUUUUGUGAUCUUCAGUGCUGUUUUUGUGGUGACUCGCCUAGGAAUCUAUCCAUUCUAGAUCCUGAACACGACCCUCUUUGAGAGUUGGGAGAUGAUCGGGCCCUAUCCCUCCUGGUGGCUUUUCAAUGGCCUUCUCCUGGUCCUGCAGGUUCUGCAUGUCAUCUGGUCCUACCUAAUGGCACGAAUUGCUUUCAAAGCCUUGAUCCGAGGAAAGGUGCUUAAGGAUGAUCGCAGUGAUGUGGAGAGCAGCUCAGAGGAAGAAGAUAUAACCACCAACUCAAAAGGUCCCUGUGGCCGCAGCUCCAGCAAUGGUGCCAAUCGGGUGAAUGGUCACAUGGGAGGCAGCUACUGGGCUGAAGAGUAAGGUGGUUGGUAUGGGGACUUCAGCA